CCCUCCCCGCUCCCCCCUCUCCAAUGGCGGCGCUGCCUGUGCGCCCGUCCUGGCGUGCGGUGGCCGCCCUCGUGGUGCUGGCGCUCGCGGCGACCCCAGCCGUUGGGAAGGCGCCCUCCAAAGCGGGCAAGACGACGGCGAAGGAGGCGCGCAACCGACCGCCGUCGCAGGCGAAAGCGAAGGCCAAGGCGAAGGGGCCCGGCGGCGCCUGGACCGAGAAGAGGAGCGAGAAGGGCGGGGUCAUGCAGGAGCUCAAGAUUCAGGCGCCGACCUUCACCGAGGAGGACCAGUACGGCUACAGUAUGCCGGCGAGGUACAAGUGCGACUCCUGCCGCGCGGUGAUGUUCCACCUGGACCAGGACUUGAGGAAGAGGCAGCCGAAGGGCACCAGACUGAAGGAGCUGGGAAUACACGGACAUCAUCGACGAAACGUGUCGUAG